AUGGUAAAAUUGACUUCUUCGAUUCAAGAUUGUCUCGGUCAGGUUUCUAUGAAGCCAGGCCAAGCCCAAUCUGGCGCCGGCGAGCCAGAUGUUGGUCCUGCAAUUGUUGAAAACACCCAGGGUCAUAACAACUUCCUAGAUAAGGCUAGUGGGCAGGUAAUUGAGGCUACAACUGCAGUAUGGGGUAAAAGAGGCAAAUGGUUUGUCAUCGCCGGACUCGCCAUGAUAAUGAUAAUCUAUUUCAGCGAACUCGACAAUUCUACAGUCUCCAUAUACAAUAACUACUCAGCAUCAUCAUUCAAUGCACUUUCAAAGUUGGCGACGCUCAACACAGCUGGUGCCGUGCUUUUUGCUGUGAUGAAGCCACCGAUUGCCAAAAUUUCCAACGUCCUCGGCCGUGGCCAGACAUACAUGAUAACCAUGUGUCUGUACAUCCUCUCUUACAUUCUCAUGGCUUCGGCCAAAUCUCUCAACACGUAUGCCGCGGGCUACGUAUUCUACGUCAUGGGGCAGUCCGGGACUAAUAUCAUGAACGACAUUGUCAUCUCCGACAUCAGCAGUGCACGCUGGCGUGGGUUCGCAAUUGGGGUUUCUUUCACCCCUUUCCUUGUGACGCCAUGGAUAUCCGGCUUUAUAACUGAAAGCGUUGUCAACGGAAUUGGCUGGCGCUGGGGAAUCGGCAUGUUCGCCAUCCUUAUGCCUUUCGGUGCCAGCUUCAUCAUCACCACGCUUUUAUACUACCAAACGCGGGCCAAAAGGAUAGGUCUCUUUCAACGCCAGAGGAUUACUAUCUAUGAUUUCUGCUCCCAGAUUGAUCUCGGUGGCAUUGUUCUCUUCAGUGGUGGCUUUGCUCUGAUUUUGAUACCGCUCACCCUGGCUGCGACAACCACCAGCAAGUGGAGUACACCGUAUCUCGAUGCACUCAUCGCGGUUGGGGUGGUUUUGUUGAUUGCAUUUCCGUUCUAUGAGCGCUUAUUAGCAUGCUACCCAUUCAUGCCACCCUCAUAUUUUAAGAAUACUACCAUUAGUCUGUGUCUAUUUCUCAUUGCAACGGACUCCAUCGGCUUCUCCUGCACGCACGCAUACCUUUAUACGUGGGCAACGGUGGCGCGCAACUUUUCGGCUCGGGAUGCUACAUUCUACAAUGCAACAAAUGGUGUCGCUUCGUGUCUUAUGGGAAUAAUUGCCGGACUUCUCAUGAUGUGGACGCGACGCUACAAAUGGUUAGUGGUGAUAGGUGCGGCGCUGCGCUUGAUCGGGUAUGGAGUCAUGAUUCGUCUUCGGGGAACAUCGAAUUCAAUGUUCGAACUUUUUUUCGUGCAGGUCAUCCAAGGCACUGGUUCUGGAAUUAUGCAAACGAACUUGCUUGUACCGGCUCAGAUAUCCGUGUCCCAUGCGCAAAUGCCACAAAUCACAGCGCUGGUCAUCUGCUUCUCAUUUCUGGGAUCGAGUGUCGGUGCCUGCAUUGCUGGAGGCAUUUACACUAAUACAAUUGGGUCAGCUUUAGAAUAUCAUCUCGGCGAAAUGGCAACACCAACAUUGAUAAAAACCCUGUCCAACUCGAUCUUUAGUGCUGCUCCAGCUUGGGGAUCUCCAGAGCGCACUGCGGUGAAUCUAGCUUUUUCUGACGUUCUGAGAUUUAUGACAUACACUGCUCUGGCAUCAGCUGUACCUGCAGUGAUUCUGGUCUGGUUUAUGCCAGAUCAUAAGCUACCUGAUCGCAACAACCUCGUCGAGGAUUCCGAAAACAUUUAA